AUGGCAACGGACAACGAGUAUCUGGAGAACCCUUUCGAAGAGGCACUCCACUCGGUGGCCCUUUCCGAGCUGCUGAUGGACGACGAAAAGCAAUCGUUGGCGCAACAGUUUCAGGAAAAUUUGCGAACUCUGUCCGACAUGUUUGUUAACCUUUCGGAUGAAGAUAAGCAAAAGUUUGCGCAAGAGUUUAAGGGAAAGUUUGUUAAAACGUUGUCGCAUUUGAAUGCAUUUUCGAAGCAGAAAAAACUCGCACAAGCGAUGGGCACCGGAGCUGCUGCGGCUCAAGCGGACGAUCUACGCGAUCAGUUCACAGUGGCAGGAUCGAUCAGUACCGCAGUGGGAGUACUUUUCACCGAUGGUUCCUUAUGGCCAACGCCACUCGGAUACGCCGUGUUGGCGUGCGUGUUACUGCUCCUGUCAUUUUUCGGUUACAAACUUUACCUAUCGCUCACCGAGAAGGAACGCAAGCGGGAGGAAAAGCUGAAGGCGAAACAGGAGAAAACGAAGAAAAAGAAAUGAUUGCCGCCUGUCGUUACUAUGGCCACCACCACCAAUACCGCCAAAUCGAUCGACCACCUUGCCGGUAGCGGUGGUGCCAGUGGUGGCGCUGCCGGGAGAGGAAGUUGCCGUCGGCAGUCGCAGCCACCGUCGCAGCACAAACAUUCCAGAGGAAAAAGACUUGGCAAAGCCUAGCCGUUAAGGAGGGACCCACACAGAGACUAGAUAUUUAUCGUCCCUCGACUUCUUCUCCGAGCGUGUAGAUUAACCGUUACUUCCCGUACGAUGACGCCUCUUUAGCUUUUGUAGUUUGUUUGUAGAAAAGGCGCAUGUUGAACCAAUAUUUACGGAUGUCCAAACGAUUCCUUUUAAAAAGAAUGUUAAAUUGCUUCCAUCUUCUUCAGAGGCUAGUUGUCUUUCCAAUGCCAGUCGAACAGCGGUUAGCAUAAUUGGUUUUCAUUCCACAAUAGACGGAAAUAUAAUUGCCAGUCAAACAAUAGUUUACAAUUCCGUUUCAAAACUUAAACUGCAUUUUUCAAAAGAAAAAGAAUAGGAAACCGCGAAGAGAUACCGACACCGCCGAGCGGUGGCAUGAAAUCAGUUAUUUUUUCACGUUUAUGUGCAACAUGAUGUAUUUUAGCGUAUGGUUGAACGAUAUAUGUACACACAUUAAUAAAACUAUAGUGUU